AUGGUGUUUUACAUAGAUUUGCUGAUCGGUACUCCACCAGUGAAUGUAAAUGUGUUGAUUGACACUGGAUCGUCUACCUUUUGGAUAGAUGAUUCUGCUUGUUUUGACUCCAGACAGUGCAAAACUCACAAAUACAAUCCUAUUGACAGCACCACUCAAAGACCUGUUGUUCAUCCGAUUGUGCACAGAGAGUAUGGUGAUGGUACAUCCGUGACAUGCACCAUCAUAUCUGAUGUAGUUUCUAUUGCCGGAAUCUCAAUUCCAAAUCAGACAAUUUGUGCAGCCUCGCAGGUAAAAUCAAUCGAGUCAAUCAGCUUAGAUGGUAUCCUGGGUCUAGGUCCACCAAACAGCGUUGAUCCAGCAGAUCUAUUCAGCAAUCUUGAAAACUCACUUAGCGAGCGCAAAGUGAGUUUCUACUACGACCGCACUGUAACUCCCAUCAACCCUCAAUUACAAAUACGGGAUGCUGGUGAAGUGACAUUUGGUGUACCCAAUCCAGCGAGAUACACUGGCAACUUUUCAUGGUCGCCCAUUGUUAAAACCGACUCGCACUGGGCACUUACUCUUUCGUCUGUCGUUAUUGAUGGGAAAACAUUUAGUUCAACACCUAUUGUUGCCUUGAUGGAUACUGGAACAACCAUUAUCAUUUUGGACAAGGGCACCUUUAAUGCAAUCAACAGUGCCAUGGGUGGUGUGUCAGUUCAGGGUGUCUUGUAUGAACUAGAUUGCACCAUGGUCAGCAAAAUGCCAUCGAUCCAGUUCAACUUUCAAGGUGUAACGCUUACCAUGACUUGGGAUCAACAAUACUUUGUUAUUGAAAAUCAAUACUGUGUAUCUGUGUUUGGCUACUCUGCUAACUUGCCUCCUAAUAUGGCCAUCUUUGGUGCCUGGUUUCUGCGCAGCUUUUACACCAGUUUUGACUAUACUGGUCGACAGAUUGGGUUUGCUACGCCUGUUGGUGUUGUUACUGCUCAGAUGCAGCCCAAUACUCAUCGAUCAAUAGCCAAUGCAAACAUGAUGGUUGGCAUGAUGAGCAUUUUGAUUGCAAAUAUGAUUGCCCUUGUCGCCAUUAUCUGA